AUGGUUCUGUGUCUCAGAGGAGAAGAGAAGGAGAAGAAAAGGAGAAGAAAAGGUCUGUAUGUAUCUGAAGAUGGCUCUGUAUCUCUGAGGAGAAGAGAAGGUCUGCAUGUAUCUGAAGGCUCUGUGUCUCUGUCUCUGAGGAGAAGAGAAGGGCUCUCCUUGGCUGUGUCUGCGGGGAGGGACAGAGACUGUCUACAGGCUGGGGACACCUGCUCCAGUGAUGACGCGUGCAGCCCUCGUCUGCGGACGCUGAGACAGUGUGUGGCGGGGGACGGCAGUGUGAAGCUGGGCCCUGGGGCCAGGAACCAGUGUGAGAACGCAGUCACGGCCCUGCUGUCCUCCCCGCUGCACGGCUGCCAGUGUAAACGAGGCAUGAAGAGAGAGAAGAACUGCCUCAGUAUCUAUUGGAGCCUGCACCAGUCUGUCCUGCAUGGACUGAGCCUGGUGGAGAGUUACCCUUACGAACCCGAAGAGAGGGGCUUCGACUACGUACGCCUGGCCUCCAUCGCUGCAGGUGCAGUUGGCAUAGCGACGGUGAACCGUUGUCUGGACGCGGCGAAGGCGUGUAACGUGGACGAUACGUGUCAGAAGCUCCGUACGGAAUACGUCUCGGCCUGCAUCCAGCCGUCGGCCCGCUCAGGCCCCUGUAACAGAGCCAGGUGUGACAAGGCUCUCAGGAAGUUCUUCGACCGGGUCCCUCCUGACUACACCCACCAGCUGCUGUUCUGCCCCUGCACAGACACGGCGUGCACUGAGAGACGGAGACAGACCAUCGUACCAGCCUGCUCCUAUGAAGACAAAGACAAACCCAACUGUCUGGCUGCACUGCGACUCUGCAGGGCUGACUACGUCUGCAGGUCCCGCUGGGCCCAGUUCCAGUACGACUGUCAGCCCUCAGAACACUUUGCCAGCGGCUGCAAACAGGACAACUACGCAGCCUGCCUCUUGUCCUACACUGGCCUCAUGGGCAGUACGAUAACUCCUAACUACCUUGAUAACACAACGUCUAACGUGGGUCCGUGGUGCUCCUGCUCGGCCUCCGGGAACCACCGGGAACAGUGUGACGGUUUCCUGGAAUAUUUUCAUGAUAAUGUCUGCCUGAAGAAAGCCAUGAUGGCGUUUGGGAACGAGACAGACAAGCAGUCCUCCAUCGGAGCAGCUAACCAACCAGACACACCCAGCCCCACUCUCGCUACCCCCAACAACCACAUCCAGCGCCCGGCAACCACCGUCCCUGGUAUCACCAUGGAAACAAAACAGAAUGUCCUGAGAGAACAGAUACCCACUCAGGUGAAUGAAAACGAUAGACUGUGGGGUGAUGAUGAUGAAGACUCCACCCUGCUGUCUCCCGGGCUGUUGGACCAUGGAGCUCCUCCCCUCCUCCUGUCUGCAGUGGGCUGGACCCUUCCACUGGGCCUCUCCCUGCUGCUGCUGCUCGGAUACCAGUAGACCCUGGUCUGGGCCUGACCUAGCCCUGGGGCUCCAUAGACUACACUUCAGACUGACUUACCUAGGGGUGGAGAGAGAGAGAGAGAGAGAGAGAGAGAGAGAGAUGUAAAUGUGUAAAGGAAGAGGAAGGGAUUAUCCAUCUAUCCUCCUCCAAACCACUCUUCUUUCCAACUCCAAACCACUCCUCUCCUCCUUCCUCCUCCAAACCACUCCUCUCCUCCUUCCUCC